GUUCAGUUACUUAAAUUCACUGUGCUCUUUUUCUCAUAUGAAGAAUGGGACAAAAGGUACUACCUAUGUAUAACCUCAUGAGAAUUAAAUGCAUUAAUAAUGAGAAUCAUUUAAAGCAGCAUCAGCCAUUCUAAUUAUUCAAUAUACUAGCUUUUACUAUAUUAUAUCCAAAUGUUUACUUACCUCUAUUUCUACAUUUGGCCAUCAAUUAAGAUUUUUUGCUUCCUACUCUCUACAUCCCUCAUUAUUAUCACUUUCUAGAAACAUUAAACUAAGCUAAAUAUAUCAUGAUGUUUCUGGAAACACAAUUUCUGGAAACAAAAUUCAUAGUAAUUCUUGCUAUGUAUCAAUUCUGAUUUCUCAACAUUUUGGAGCAUUUGGACACUAUGAGUAGAAGGAAUAUCACACAAGUGUCUGACUUCAUCCUCAUGGGACUGACAGAUUCUGAAGAGAUCCGGCUGGUCCUCUUCACCCUCUUUCUCCUGAUAUACCUGAUCACUGUGCUGGGGAAUGUGGGGAUGAUCCUGAUAAUCCACCUGGACCCCCAGCUUCACACACCCAUGUAUUUUUUCCUUAGUCACUUGUCAUUUCUUGACCUCAGUUACUCAAGUGUCAUUACCCCUAAAACCUUAGACAACUUACUGACUUCCAGCAAGUAUAUUUCUUACCUGAACUGCUUCAUGCAGUUGUAUUUCUUUGUCUUCUUGGGCGCCACUGAAUGUGUUCUUCUCUCCUCCAUGGCCUAUGAUCGCUAUGCAGCCAUCUGCAACCCUCUGCAUUACCCAGCUGUUAUGUCCACCAGACGCUGCUGCUCUCUUAUCUUUGGAUCCUAUUUGAUUGGUUUUAUUGAUACCUCUGUCAGUGUUCCAUGCAUGAGUAGAUUGCAUUUCUGCAACUCAAAUGAAAUUUAUCACUUUUACUGUGAUGGAAGGGCAAUUUUACCCCUGUCCUGCACUGACACACAUGACAUCGAAAUCAUCAUAUUCAUUUCUGCCGGUUCCACCCUAUUGGUGUCCCUUAUCACAAUAUCUGUGUCUUAUUUGGCCAUCCUGUCUACUAUUCUGAAAAUCACUUCCACUUCAGGGAAGCAAAAAGCCGCCUCUACUUGUGCCUCCCAUCUCCUGGCGGUCACCACCUUCUAUGGCACUAUGAUUUUCACUUACUUAAAACCAAGUAAGUCCUACUCCUUGGGAAAGGAUCAAGUGGCUUCUGUUUUUUACACUAUUGUCAUCCCCAUGCUGAAUCCCCUUAUAUACAGUCUUAGAAACAAAGAAGUGAAAAGUGCUCUCAAUAGAGUUAUGCAGAAAAGAAAGGACUCCAAACAACUAAAAUAACAGUGAUGUUAAAUUUCAAAGCUCAUU